GGUGGGAGCCUCUUCGGCGCUCUUUACGAGUCCUCGCUGCACUUGUCAAUCAGGCAGCGGGUCAAGAUCCUCGCCGACGUCGCAUCGGGAAUGAGAUAUCUACAUGCGCAAACGCCAUCUAUCAUCCACCGGGACCUGAAGAGCCCGAACGUGCUGCUGACCAAGUACAUCAGGGCAGUGGACCAGGAGCCGAUGGCAAAGGUGACCGACUUCGGCCUGAGUCGCUUCUCGAGGGAUCAGCAGUCCACGGGGAGCUCGAACGCGCGGGCCUACACCAUGGGGGUCGGCACGUGGCGCUGGAUGGCUCCUGAGAUGUUCUUCGCGUCGGACUCUGACGAUUAUGACGAGAAGGUGGACGUGUACUCCUUCGGCAUAUUAGCGUACGAGGUGCUCGUGCAGAAGGUGCCCUACGCCGCCGAGUUCCCAGACCUCAAGGACGCGGACCCCCGAAUGGGCCUCCGGGUGCUGGACGGGCUGCGGCCCGACGUCUCGGAGCUGAACCCGAAGUUCCCUCUGGUGCUGACAGAGAUCAUGGUGAAAUGCUGGGCCGACCAGCCUUCAUCGAGACCUGCAUUUCAGGAGCUGGAGCCCAUCAUGGCGGAGCUCUACGUGUCCUUGUCUGGCAGGCCAACAGGGGUUUCUGCAUCCCAGGACGACGCGGCCUAUUUCGUCUAGGCGUCUAGCACCACUGGUUGUGGUUAGGCCGCCGUAUGUACAGUCCGGUCUUGACUGUUUUCCAAACCUUUGGCGGGGGAGGAGUUGCCCUUGCGCGCAUUCGUUCCCGCUUCGCCAACUUCUGCCAGGCGGUCCGUCCGCUGUGCGCAGCUGGCAGGCUGCUUUCUCAGAUUCGUGCGUGUCAGGAGUCGCGGGCCCACUUGUUCAGACCUCUUGUUGGCCCUCCGCUUGUUCUGCGUAGGCUCGGUCUCGGACUCGGCCUGCCUCCUUGGGGGAAAAUGGGCGAGCGGGGGGCGAGCGCGAUCGGAA